GGUACACAUUAAUCAGAGUAAUAAAUUAACUUCAUGAAUGAACAGAGAGUAUUGAGUAGCGCCCUGCGUUCCCACAUCAUUGCCCAAUACAAUUAACAAUAGGAAACAAUAGUUAUACUGUUCCUUGUAUGUGUCGGCGGCUGAGCCCGCCAGUUUUAUUUUAGUCGCAAAUACACCUUUAAAGAAAUCACAUGUUUUACUGUUCCAACCUUCUGACGUACGUUUUGUGGACUUAACAGUAAUAUACCUGAACAUAACGUAUAUCAAUAUAAUUACGUACAUCGGGUAUAUAAUAUUAACGUACAUUGGUGACCCCGACGUGAUCAUUACGUAUACAGUGUAUGAAUACGCCCGACGUGAUAAUUAGGUAUACAGUGUAUAAAUACGUACAUUGGUGACGCCUGUUGAACAUUUUUUUUUUACGUUUUGGACAGUGCAUUGUGGAUAUGAAUCCUCAAGACGGACCCGCACCUAUUUACGCCGCGCCUAAUACGCCGGCGCCUUCUUUAGCGGCACCGCCCGCACAGGCGUCGACGGAGACGGAGACUUUGGCGAGUAUAAGUGUUUCGUCAAGGAUACCUGAUUUUUGGUCAGACCAACCGCGACUCUGGUUUGUCCAAUUUGAGGCCGUAGUAGAAUCGCAACGACUAGGAGAUGUAACAAAACAAAACUUAGUCGUUACCAAACUCAGCAAAUCUGCCAUACAACAAGUCAGCGACCUGCUGCUGUCACCACCACAAGAAAGACGAUAUCAGACAUUGAAGGACCGUCUGUUACAAGUGUUUGAAGAGUCUGAGACGCGGCAAUUUCAAAAGCUUUUGGGGGAAAUGGAACUGGGCACCCAAAAGCCAUCGCAACUUCUCCGUCGGAUGAGAGACUUGGCUAGAAACAAACUACCAGACUCCACGCUACAAAUAAUGUGGACCAGACACUUGCCGUCGGCAGUUCAGGCUGUUCUUGCUGUCACCGAGGUCAAGGACUUGGAGAGCUUGGCAACGGUGGCGGACAAGGUUAUGGAGGCAACCAGGCCAGAAUAUACAGAAAUAGCCGAAAUGAAAACCUCCACGCCGGGAAGCAUUCACGAAUUAUCGGAAAUGAUUAACCGACUGCAAGUGGAAGUCGCUGAGUUACGCCGGUCCAGAACACCUCAACGACAGGAGUGCUCAACUGCGCGAGGGAGAACAAGCCGAUCGGGUCAGCGCGACGUGAGUAUGUCCCGAAAAAAACCAAAUUGGUUAUGUUUUUAUCAUCACCGUUACCGUGCUAAGGCUGUGAAGUGCGUCGAGCCUUGCAAUUGGAAGGGGGCUAAACCGACAUCUACGCAGGGAAACUAGACGCGAUACAGCCGGUGGCGGGGGCAAGUAUCGAAUCGCAUAAUAACCGCCUUUGUGUUUUCGACCGAAAUAGCAGACUAAAGUUUUUAAUUGAUACGGGUGCCAACGUAUCUGUGAUUCCUGCAGUUAAAAAGUGUGUGUCUUCGCUUUCAGAUGAUUGUAAUUAUAAGUUAUAUGCUGCAAAUGGUACUGAAAUUAAGACAUAUGGUAUGCGUACUCUUGUUUUAAAUUUAAAUCUAAGGAGAGCAUUUAGAUGGACUUUCAUUAUAGCGGACGUAAAGCAGCCAAUUAUUGGGGCAGACUUUUUAAGCCAUUUCAAACUGUUAGUUGAUUUACACGCGCGAAAAUUAAGGGACCAAGUCACCAAUCUAAAUGUUCUCGCUUCGAUUAUUUCACAGGAAAGUAACGAUGAGUCAUCUAUUAAGACCGUGGAUAAUACUAACAAAUGGCAUGAAUUAUUAUUAAAUUAUCCAGAUUUAACCAAACCUGUAUCGUAUAAAGAGACGCCUAAACACUCAGUAUGUCACUAUGUAGAGACAUCCGGUCCCCCGGUCUAUACGAAGGCUAGGCCUCUACCUCCGGAUAGGUACAAACGGGUCAAGGAUGAAUUUAAACAUAUGGUAGAAUUAGGGAUAUGUAGGCCGUCCAAAAGCGCAUGGGCAAGUCCACUUCAUGUAGUAGCCAAAAAGAACGGAGAUUUACGUCCUUGCGGUGACUACCGUAGGUUGAAUGCCGUGACGAAGCCAGACCGCUACCCCAUACCCCGAUUGCAAGAUUUUAAAUAUGUAUUAGCAGGUAAGAAAACUAUUUUUUCUCGCCUAGAUUUAAAUAGAGCAUAUCAUUUUAUUCCUGUAAAUGAUGACGACAUUGAGAAGACAGCGAUCAUAACACCCUUUGGACUGUUUGAAUUUACGCGCAUGACCUUUGGGUUACGUAACGCAGGUCAAACAUUUCAACGAUUUAUGGAUAGCGUUGUAUUACAAGGUCUAGAUUUUUUAUUUGUGUAUCUCGAUGACGUAAUAAUAGCUAGCGAAAAUGAGGUCCUGCACAAACAGCAUUUAGACACAGUUUUUAAACGGUUUAAUGAUUAUGGCGUUACUUUAAAUGUUUCGAAGUGUGACUUUGGGAAAUCAAAGUUAGAAUUUUUAGGAUAUGAAGUGUCGUCGGAGGGAGUACGUCCCCUGGACUAUAAAGUACAGGCGAUUGUUGAUUAUCCGAAGCCCGAGAAUGUCGAACAGUUACGUCGAUUCUUAGGGAUGUUGAAUUUUUAUCGCACUCAUAUUCCUAGAGCCGCUGAAUAUCAAUCCGAGCUCAAUAUUUAUUUACACAACGCCAAAAAGAAAGACCGUACUAUUAUAGCAUGGAACGACAAAGCCAACGAGGCAUUUAAGAAGUGUAAGGAGAGCUUACAAAGCGCCGCUACACUUCAUUACCCGUUACCCGAUGCGGAGUUAUCGCUUAUGACCGACGCUUCAAACACAUGCGUCGGCGCGGUUUUACAGCAAAAGGUAAACAACGUGUGGCAACCACUUGGCUAUUUUUCAAAGAAGUUGUCUCAGACUGAAAUAAAAUAUUCAACUUAUGAUAGGGAAUUGUUAGCUGUUUACAUGGCCAUCAAAUAUUUUAAGAAUUUGUUGGAAGGUCGCGUCCUAACAAUUUUUACUGACCAUAAACCACUAGUAUAUGCGUUUUCUAAACUCAAUAAUAAUGAUAAGGAAAGUCCGAGACGAGUUAGACAUCUUUCAUAUAUUAGCGAGUUUACUACCGAUAUUCGCUAUAUUAGCGGACCGAAUAACGUAGUGGCAGACGCAUUAUCACGUAUAGAGACAGUAGAUUGUCCCACAGUACUUCAUUACUCAGAAAUUGCAAAAGAACAAGCUAACGACGAAUACCUACAGAAAGCGUUAAAAGUUUCGGAUAGUAACUUGCAGUUUAAGCAGUUUCAUUUGCCUAGCUGUGAGGAACCUGUUUAUU